UUCUUGAAUCCAGAUUAUCACUUAUUUUUAUAUUUAGAGAACAAAUUUUCGAGGGAAAACACAAAACAGAAUUGUUCUUCAUCUCAGAAUGGAGAAACAAGUUGGGUCGUUCUCAAAUUUUGUGUUGAUUGAGCACUGAAGAUUCUGAAAUUUAGGGUUCGUACUUGCCCCGGAGGAAGAUGAAGAUCAAGAAUCGCCGCGGCGGAAGGUCCAAGGCUUCCCGGCGUUCCGCUGCUUCUACUCCGUCGCCUAUGGCGUCUCCCCCCCUCCCCGACCAGGAUGUACCAAACGCAGAAGACAAUACUGUGCACGAGGCAUCAAGUAAGGAAACUAACGAUGUGUUGGAUAAGAUAGAUUGCUUUCAGAAAGAUACUUGUACUAGAUGCGACCAGAGUGGGGACUUAUUGGUUUGUACUGAAAUUGGGUGCCCAAUUGCCCUUCAUAAGAUAUGUAUGUCCUGCGAGCCUUCAUUCGAUGAAGAUGGACGUUUCUAUUGUCCUUAUUGUUCAUAUAAAAGAGCUUUGGUUCGUGUGAAUGAGUUGAGGAGAAAGACUAUGGUGGCAAAGAGAGCGUUAUCUGAUUUCAUUGAUACCAGGAUGGUUGGUGGUGGCAAGUCGCCGCAAAUAGAAGAGACAGGUAAGAAGAAAGCAAAUGAUGUCUCAACUUGUGGAGUGGAUGUGGAGCUGCCUAAUCAUGGGAGUCAUUUAGGCAAUGAAAGUUCCCGAGAUCAGGAUUUGCAGGUCGAGCAAAAUCAGGGUAAUGAAGGGGAGGACCAUGCGAGAACAGAGGGAGAUAUUCAACCAACAUCAAUGGUGGGGGUUAACAGCGAAAAUCAUGAUGGUCCUAUUGUGUUCAAUGUUAGCAGCAGCAGUCAUUCAACUCCUGUACUUCAGCCAUGUGAGGAUUCUAUGAAUGAAGAAACUCAUGAGGUUGACACAUCAGGAACACAUCAGGUUGAGAGUUUAGAAGAUAAAGAAGAUGGGGAAACGAUGGACAAAGAGAACUUAAGGUCUACAGAUGACAUCCAGGAUGACGGGAUUGCGAAAGAUCAAGGGCAACUGGAGACUCCAAGUGCACAUCAUGAUGAGGAAGAGACUGCUCGAGAACCUCAAGACAAAGAUGAUGGUGGAGAACAAACCCAACCCGACAAUGAAAGGAUGCUUGAAGAUAUCGUUCUUGCAUCUGGAAAUAAUGAUUUGAAGAGUGAAACAAUUGUGAAGAAAAGGCGCUUUAAAACUAAAGCUAAUAGGAGAAAAGACCAACAGAAUGUCAAUUAUCCUAGAAAGUCAUUGCGUCUACAAACUCCAGAUGGCAUGAAGUCACCUCAUUUACAAACUCCAGAUCCUGGCAAAAAGUCACCUCAUAUACAAACUCCAGAACCUAGGAAAAUGUCACCUCGUAUACAAACUCCAAGACCUCAGAUAGAUCAUGCAACAAAAACUGAGAAAGUUCCUGUAUCCAGGAGUUUAAAGCCACAACCAGCAUCUCAAAAUCAAUUCAAAAACUUGGAUUUUCAUGGUGGGAAGCGUAAGAGAAUGCUUUGGUCUGUUGAAGAGGAGGAAAUGUUGAAGGAAGGAGUUCAGAAAUUCUCUUCUACAGCAAAUAAAAAUCUUCCUUGGAGGAAAAUUUUGGAAUUCGGUCGUCACAUAUUUGAUAGCACGCGUACUCCGGUUGACCUGAAAGAUAAAUGGAGAAACCUCCAAGCCAAAUAGUCUGCUUAAUGGAUAACGAGUCCGGAAGAUUGCAAAAAGGGAUGUUCUUGACGCGGAGCCAUACUGUUAUGUAUUGUAGGAACCUUUCAAUUUGGAUGUUGAAGAGACCUACAUGCUAAAAUAGAGAGAGGAAAAGGGGGAAAAAAAGGAAGCUAUAGGAGCUAUCUAGAGAUAAGGUUGAUGAAGGCUGUACAGCUCUUUAUGUUGGCCCAUUGGGGAAGAACAUUAUGAUUCCCAAAUUUUUCUCUAUGUUCCAUUUAAAUCCUUUUUUUUUUAAGUUUUUUUCUAUGAGAUUCUACCAUUAUGGUCUCUUGGCUUGGUUUUAUUCGAGUAUGCAGAGCCAUUGAUGCUGACUCUCUCAUGGAGAAGAAAAAGUACAAAAGUUUCGGUUUCAACGUUGGCUUGUAGUUAUGUUGUAACAAAUUAUGUUGUGUAAAUGUAAAUUUAUUUGUUCAUGUCGUCUUGAAAUUGUUCAAGCAAUCGGUGGAACUGAUAUUGAUUCAAUUGUGCUACAUUGUAAAGUAUGGAAUUAUUCUUUUUCCCAGUAAAAUUAGAACUUGGAAGUCA